GUUUUGGUAAAGUAAAGAGAAUGAUGUAUUUAUUUAGUCUCAAAUGACUGCUGAUGUUGUUAUUUAGGCAUGGAGACCUGGCUAUUUUGGUGAUGACCUGCAACACAAGCUGCCCGUCUAAUUGUGAAAGGGAUAUAUGUUAUCAGACCAGUGGGUUAUGUACAGAAUGUGCAUCCGGGUUUUAUGGCAUUGACUGUAAGCAGACUUGUCCGGCACACUGUCGAUACUCACUAUGUGCCAGAAGUAGCGGGGCUUGUUCAGUAUGCGAACCUGGAUAUUAUGGUGUUACCUGCAACACAAGCUGCCCGUCCAAUUGUAAAGGGACUAUAUGUAAUCAGACCAGUGGGUUAUGUACAGUGUGUGAAGCCGGUUUUUAUGGAAAUCAAUGUUUAAAGUCGUGUGGCAGUUGUCAAGGUGUGAGUUGUGACAAGGACACUGGAGACUGUACGACAGGGUGCACAGAUGGAUGGACUGGAAACGAAUGUGACAACAAGGCGGUACUUAUAACGAAUGGGGACUCCACAGUCGGAAUAGGCGUCGGAUCCGGAGUGGUUAUACUGGUUCUGGUCAUCGUGAUCAUUGUACUGGUCAGACGUCUCACGAUGAAGCGCGGUGACACCACAGGUUCUUCUCAUAUGACAGAUAUAUCAUUGUCGAGAACUGCAAAAGAGCUAAAACAAAAUCAAGAUAAUACCUACGACGAAAUAGCAACGUGCAACAAGGAACAAACCAUUGCGCAGAUUUCACACAAUGAGGCAAAUUAUGAACAGCUUGGACGCAGGGAGGUGGAAAUUCCAAAUAUAUACGAGACAACAGAUGUUGACAAGGAAACAUAGGGAAAUGCUUCUUGUAAAAUGGACAGUUUUAUCAUUCAACACAACGUAACGUUGGUGCUGGAACUAAAUUACACACAUAUAACUUUUGUUUUGAUGAAUUCGUCUCCUAACUGAACAGAAUAAUAAGUAGGUGAUGAACAUUGACAGUGUUGUAGAUUGUGUAUAUUCAGUUGUAAAUUCUUGUAUGAUUUUUAAGUUGUCAAACUAUCGGAAUGUCAGUUUUGUGAACCCAAGCAUGUUUCAUAUAUACUGUCAGUGUUGCGGUUAAAUGUAUUUUCAUACUGACUUAGUAUUUCGUCGUUCUGUACAGCAGUUUAUAUAUUUUAUAUUACUGUAAGACUUUUGCUUUUAUCGCACUUAGCCAUUGCAGUGAACUUUAUAUAAUUUGUCAUUUUACGAUCUCAGAAGUUAAUUUGAGGGAUGAAUGUUUGGGAGUAGAAGUUUAAGUAGUUUUGAGCAAGUUUUCAAGCAGUGUUAGAUAAGCACACAGUUGACAGGUGGUUGACUAGUAACAGUGUUAUAUGAAGCAUACAAAAUUCAUUGAAUAAAAUAUAUCUGUAUCUUAAUGGACUCAAACAAAUAUGUUGAUCGAAGGCAAAAGUGGAUGUCUGGGUUUUUGGUUUUACUUUUGUGCAGUGUUAGAUAAGUGUCGAAAGGCUAUAUUAAGAAAUAUGCAUUUAUAUAGACACUGAGUAAUGAGUAGAAGAAUAUUAAUAUUUAUUGUUUUUUUAAAAGAGUUUUUUUUUGCAUUGAAUGAUACAAUAAGUAGGUGUUCAGCUGCUUUCAUUAUUAUUUUUUCGAGAGUAUUUCACCAACACAAUAAUUCAGCUAUUCGCUAUCUAGGAUAAGCAAUGCAUUGAAACAAUUCUAAAAUGUUUGAAUAGUUUCAAAAUAUUUAUAGAUAUCUAAUCCUACAGGUUUAUUUAGAUAUAUUUGUCACCUGCUGUUCACCAUUGUAUGAGGAUGUGAUUUAAUGCGGUUUAGCAAAACUUUCAUCACAUUACAUAACGUUUAUUAUG